CUCUCACAUCAGCAGAGGGCCAAGAAAGGAAUUUCAAAUCGAUAAAAUUCAACACAAGCGGUCAUAGUCCUCUCAUGAGGCGGUUGUUUCUCACUAUGCCGUAUCAUAUGUAAUAAAAUGUGUUAGCAAACAGGGCAUGUUAAUGAAUUCCGCAGAUGUUAUGUGUAUCUUCGGAGAGACGGACUUUUAAUAACUGCCCACCUAUACUGCUUCUUUAAUUAUAGGAAGAUAAACAGAGCCGGGCCGAAGUCCACCUGAACAAAGCGAGAAAGCAAGUGAAGUGAACGCAGGAGAGCAGAGCGGCUCAUUCAGCACGAUGGUGGCAGAGACACGUCUGUCAGGCAGCUGUUAAUGCUGCUUAUUCAUAUCACCGUGAACGCACUAUUCUUAUUCUCAUUAGUAGUGUGAAAGCGAAUGGCGCUGGCAGCCACGCAGAGGAGAUGAUUGGCUUGAAGAUUAAAUAUGACUUUCAGAUGGCAACAGAUCCCUUCAUUCAGCAACCUCUGCACAGAAUGACAGUAUGUUUUCUGGGUAAAAGUUCGGGGAGGUGGAGGAGGGGGUGGUGUGCCUCAGCCACAAAGAGCCUUUCAUCUAGUCAUGUACUGAAAUCGCUGGUUCCCACCUUCUGCCUAGCGGUCGUGGUGAUAUACGGCCUGGGUGAUAAGCUCCGAAACUUCGUCACUGGCAUCUUCAUCCCUCAGUACCACUACCCGUAUUCAGUGGCUAUCUGCUUCUUCCAGGUUCUGGUCUCUCUCUUAUUCUUGAACCUCCUCCAUGUCCUGAAUCUGGUGCCUCUGAAGCAGUACUCCAGGUCCCUGGGUGAGAGGCUACUGGUGCCUGCUAUCUGUAACAGUAUCCACGAUGUGCUGGCCACAUGGUCCAAGGCUAGCAGCCCGUAUGCCGGCCUCUACCGCCUCAUGCUGUCUCUGCUGCCCGUACUAACUGUGGGCUUUAGUUCCAGCCUGAAAUUGGCUUCCCUGCCAUCUACCCACAUCUCUGUUCUGAUCUCCAUUCUGAGCGGGACAUGCUUUGUGGCCACAGUCUCCCAGGGUCUGGCAGGUGUUGAGCCUCUGGAGUACAUGUAUUCACCUCUGGCUUUGAUCCUCCAGAGUCUUUGUCUAACUUGGCUGGCCAAAGUGUCUGAGGCUGAACGCCGUAACCCCCCCGAUGCCCAAGCCUCCGUUUUUGACAUCUACUACACUCAGCUGGUCAACCAGAGCUGGAUUCUGGGUUUCCUGUGGCUGCUGCACCCGGACAGUCCCUGGCAGGUGUUGAGACACAGCAACUGGCGCAGCCUGCUCUUCUAUGGGUACCUGUUCGCCAUUCUCUUGCUUGGGAUGGCGCUGAACUUCCUGGUCGGUAUUUCUGCUCUGUGCAUCACACCGCUUGCUGGUGCAGUGCUACAAUCGGCAAGGCAGCUGGUACAGCCAUUUUUUCGCCUUUUGUAGUUUCAUCCAAACGACAAAGAAGAAACGUCGGUUGUUUUGUUACUGCAUCGGUGUGACAUUGUAGUUUAAUCCACAGCAGUGACCACACAUUUUAUCUGGUGGACAUUAACAAGUUCACCGUCUCUUCCGUUCACACUAACAUGAUGGGCACUUCCCCAAUCACAAUACAGUCAGCUGAGAUCAAAUACACAAUGUAAGCAGAAAAGCAACAUGCAUUUAGUAAUUAUGACCAUAACAGCAUUUUGCAAAGGUGUAAAAAGCAAAUCAUUUACAGUUGGGUUCAAAAGUCUACACAAUAACAGUUUAAUCUCUGGUUUAUUGACAGGUACUCAGGUGGCAGUUCUGCUUAUUCAAGACUUUCAAAUGGCUCACACUGUUACAGCAUUAUGUAUUUAUAAUACUAAUAGUACACAUACUGCACGUGUCCUUAAUACGAAUCUCUUUCUGCAAUUUUAUCACUUCUGCUGGUGCAUGAACUCUGUGGACUUUUCUUAUAGAAUAUUUGCCAGAAUAUAACAGUUUCAAAGCAGUGGAGCAGCUGAGCACCAACAUCUGUACAAGAGAGGAAUAAAAACCAAAACAUCUAAAGACCAAACUA